AUCUUGGGGAUGUUCUUUAAUUGGGCUCUGCUAGGCAUGCUCAUCGUGCAAGUCUACAUCUAUUACAUCUGCUUUCCUCGAGAUCGCUUCGCUAUGAAAUGCUUUGUCUACGCCGUGUUGGCCUACGAAAUAGUCCAAACCGGUCUCAUUACAGCUGAUGCAUUUCAUAAUUGGGUGUAUGGCUAUGGUAACAUCAAGGCCCUGGCCACUUUCUACAAUGGCUGGUUCAGUGUCCCUGUCAUGUGCGGCGUGUUAUCAGCGGGGGUUCAAAGUUUUUUUGCGUGGCGCAUCUACAUGCUGUCAAGAGCUCAUGUGCUGGUUGCGGGAAUAGUUAUCAUAUGCAAUAUUCUACAGAUGUCGGCUGCCAUCGCCAGCGGUGUGAAGGCAUGGCUUGCUGGAAGCGCAUUUACGGAUAUAGUCAUUGCUGUCGCCAUGACAUACCUACUGUCACGAUCCAAGAGUGGCGUGAAGCACUCCGACGCCAUGGUCAAUCGACUCAUCACUUUGGUCGUGGAGACUGGCUCCUUGACUGCAACUGUCGCUACAAUCGACUUAAUCCUCUUUACCGUGAAGCCGAACACAUUCCUCCAUAUGUGCCCGUGCUUCACUGUGGUUGUUAGGUAUGCAAACACCCUGCUUAUCAACUUCAACAAUCGGGCCAGGAUGAUGCAAUCCGGAGACGUUAUCUCCAUGUCUACUUUCAAUGCUGCUAGUAACACGAUUUUAUCCGGGUCGGAUUCAAAGCGCAACGACGGCGCCAUCCCAAGCGAUGCGUUCCAUGUGGAUGUUACGUAG